GUGUAUGUGUGUGUGUGCGUGUGAGCGUGCGUGCUCACAGGAGACAAGCGUCUAAUUAUCGAUGGUGUGUGCGUAGCGAAUAGGUCGCCUCCAUUACUACUGGGGCUGGUGGCGUACGUCGAAAGGUUUUGUUUCCUGUCGCCAAAAGCCGCACCGGCCGAUGGAGGGGGAGGAUAGUACCAUCGGCGGUGUUGUUCACGAUGGGAGGACUUUGUUAGUCGCUUUGGGGGAGAGAGAACGCGCGGAAACAAAUCGCGUGCCGAUGCUUUGCGGAGAAAGAAGCUCUUGGGAGGAUUAAAAAGUGGGGAAAGCAAACCACACAGCUGAUUAGACGAGUCUUGUUCGGACGAUUCUCUGAUAAGCUUCCUGCUUGUCGGUAGUGAGGAGACCUGGAGGUCCGUGCCCUCCUGCCUUUGCCACGGGAUGAGAGCCAUCUCCGGAUUUCUACCUAAAAAAAUGUUUCUGGAAAUGUGCACGAGACUGGACACUCCAUGGUGCCGCCAUGUGGAUUACCGUUCUUUUGUAGAAGAAUAACCCUUGUGAUUAAAAGCAGCAGUUCUGUGAAGCUGAUGGUGACUGAGAACAUCAGCACGAAGGAUAGUGACUACGGAUAACGUGUCUUGACCUUUUGUGUCGCCUCAUCGCACGGACAUCGCACGUCCUCCAUGAAGAUCUGGGGCUACCCGCCAGCUGUGGGCGCGAGGAUGAAGACAGCGAUGACGUACGCGAUAUCCCUGGUGGAGGAUCCGGUCCUGACGGCGCUGAGAUCCAACGCUCCGCCGUGUCCUUGUUCAGAGUCGUUGCACUACUGCCUGGGAGGACCGUUCAGUCUUGUCAGGCGAUGUCUGCACAGAGAAACACAGCAACAGUUUGCCGUGAAGAUUGUCGACGUGGCCAAGUACACGUCUAGUCCGGGGCUGAGUAUAGAAGACUUAAAGCGGGAGGCGACAAUAUGUCACAUGCUGAAGCACCCGCACAUUGUGGAGCUGCUGGAGACCUACAGCUCGGAGGGCAUGCUGUACAUGGUCUUCGAAUACAUGGACGGGGCAGACUUGGCUUUUGAAAUCGUCAAGCGUGCGUCUGCAGGCUUUGUAUACAGCGAGGCAGUGGCCAGCCACUACAUGCGUCAGAUUCUGGAGGCGCUGCGGUACUGCCACGCCAACGGCAUCGUGCACCGCGACCUCAAGCCUCACUGCAUCCUGCUGGCCUCCAAGGAGAACUCCGCCCCCGUCAAGCUGGGGGGCUUUGGUGUCGCCACCCACCUGCCGAAGGACGGGUACAUCACAGGCGGGCGGGUGGGCACUCCCCAGUACAUGGCGCCGGAAGUGGUGGAGCGGAAGCCUUACGGCUGCGCCGUCGACAUGUGGGGCGCCGGCGUCCUCCUGUUCAUCCUGCUCGGGGGCUACCCGCCGUUCUCCGGCACCAGAGAGAGGCUGUAUGACCUCAUCCUCAAAGGCAGUUACAAGAUGAGGCAGAAACAGUGGGGCAACAUAUCCGCUUCGGCCAAGGACCUGGUCACCCGUCUCCUGGACUUGAACCCAGAAACACGACUCACCGUGGAAGGCGCCCUGGAGCACCCGUGGAUAAAGAACAAGCGAGAAAUUCCGCGCAUGCACCUGCAUGAAACUGUAGAGGAGCUGAAAAAGUUCAACGCAAGACGAAAACUGAAGGUAAACAGGGGGCCAAUCAUGGCGGCGGUGUCCAGCUCCAUGUGGGCCACGUUUUACAACGACCAGGAAGAGGUUGUCGAGGAAGAAGAAACGUCUGCUGGCGCUGUGUCCCAGGUGCUGGACUCGCUGGAAGAAAUCCAGUGUCUCACGGACUGUACGGAGGAGGACUGCGUCCUGCUGGAGUCAGUCUUCCAUGACAAGAGACUGUGUGCGCUGCUGAACUUGUACGACAAGAUCAAUGCCAGAGCUCGCAGCCCGUCUCACAGACCCAACGCCGAUGCCGUGCAGCAAGCUCGAGAGUUGCUGUGCCUUCUGGCGGAGGCCAACCCUUCCAACCCCGUCUUUGCAGAUGAGUUGCGACAUCUACUACAGCAACCGCACUUCAUGGCGCUGCUGCAGGCCCACGACGUGGUCGCACACGAGGUGUACACGGAGGAUGCGGUGCACCUGAUUCCCGCCCUGCACCCCAGCCCCGCCGUGGUCCCUCCCUUCUUCAACGGGGAAGCUGGCGAGCAGACGAUAGCGGAGCCUGGCCUGCCCCCCAUGGACGGCGACGGCAGCUACCUGCGGGUGCGCCUGGUGCAGUUCCAGAAAAACACAGACGAGCCCAUGGGAAUCACGCUGAAGGUCAACGACGAGGGUCGGUGUUUCGUGGCAAGGAUACUGCACGGAGGCAUGAUCCACCGGCAAGGUACACUGCAUGUUGGAGAUGAAAUCAAAGAAAUAAAUGGCAGUCCUGUGCAAAACCAGCCAGUGGAGACUCUUCAGCGAAUGCUGCGAGACCUCCGCGGCUCCAUCACGUUUAAAGUGCUGCCGACCAAUGGUGGCCUAAAGGGAGACAACCUUUUGAAUAAAGAGAAGGAAGCACGGGGUGGCAUUUUGCUCAAGAUCGUGCCAAGCUUCCGAAACACUCCCUCCCUCUGUGAGAUCUAUGUUCGGGCAUUGUUUGACUACGACCCCAGGGACGAUGACCUCAUUCCUUGCACCCAGGCUGGCAUUUCCUUCAAGACAGGUGACAUCCUCAAGGUGAUCAGCAAAGACGAUUCCAACUGGUGGCAGGCUAAGAAAUGGGACAGUUUGGACACUGAGCCUGCAGGUCUCAUUCCUUCCCCUGAACUGCAGGAGUGGCGGACAACCUGUAAUGCAAUAGAGAGAGCCAAGCGAGAACAUGCAGUGCAUUGCUCCUGGUUUGCACGGAAGAAAAAGGACAAGUAUCUUGCCAAACACAAUGCUAUUUUUGACCAACUGGAUCUCGUCACUUAUGAAGAGGUCGUCAGGUUACCAGCCUUUAAACGAAAAACUCUUGUUUUGCUAGGAGCUCAUGGUGUUGGCCGGCGUCAUAUAAAAAACACACUGAUCACCACUCACCCAGAUCGUUUUGCCUAUCCCAUUCCACACACAACAAGGCCACCUCGAGACAAUGAAGAGAAUGGUAAAAACUAUUUCUUUACCUCACAUGAGCUCAUGAUGAAAGACAUUGCCAACAACGAGUACCUGGAAUACGGCACCCACGAGGAUGCUAUGUACGGCACACGCCUUGAAACAAUACGCCAGAUACACCGGCGCAACCUUAUUGCAAUCCUAGAUGUCGAACCCCAGGCCAUCAAGGUGCUGAGAUCUGGGGAGUACUCACCUUUCAUUGUCUUUAUAUCAGCUCCUGUCCUUCCAGCUGUUCACCAGGACAGCAGUCUAGAGCGGUUGGCAAGAGAGAGUGAUCUUCUAGAAAAGGCGUACGGCCACUAUUUUGACAAGAAGAUUGUUAACAACGAUAUCGACGAGACGAUUCGCUCAUUAGAGAAAGCCAUCGAGGAUGUGUGCACCUUGCCGCAGUGGGUGCCAGUGAGCUGGGUGUACUGACAUGCUGCAAGCGCAUUUUGUGUCCCAAACAAAAGACAGCCAGCUUUGGGUUAUGGUUUGUGAAACUUUGGUUUCAGUUCAGCAAUUCCUGUUUGGUGCUAUCAUGCUGCCAAGGAAGGAAGUGUGAUUGGAUGCUGCUGGAUGGCAAACCUUCUCUGUUAGACCUUGAGUCGACAACAUGCAGCGACACGACAGUUUCAGCCUAAGCAGUAAUCUUGUGACUGUGUCCAUGCUGGUGGUCAUCACACUGGCCAGCUGACAGGAGACAGGAUUAUGCCAUCAUUCUUCUAAAGUAGGAUUGGUUGGUUCGUUCUUCUGAGAUGUGAGUGAGGAUAUGUUUUUCUUCCAAGAUUGAUGGCGUCAUUCUUCUGGGAUAUGAUUGAUGACACCUACACGUCCACUUCAUGGCCUGUACAUUUCUGAUUGGCUGAAAGGGUAGGAAGUUGGGGGGAGGAGGCUGCUCUUCAUACAUUGCAUCCCUGAGCAAUUGAAGACAGGGUAUUAAUUAACUUGAGAGCAUCACAGGUGAGAACAAAUACUGUGUAUAUGUUUUUAAUUGUUUUAUAGCUGAGAGCAUAAGAUUUGAGAGUAGGAUGCUUGAUGAAAGAAAAUGAUCAAGUGAGAAAUGGACUUUUUGAAAAAAAGAUGUUAGAUAAGUGUGAAUAGAAUGGAGUAUGUACAGAACAGUUUCAAAAAGGUGAAAUGUGCAUUUUUUCUCUGGUUUGUCCAUUUGAAAAAUUCUUAGCUGAUGUUCAGUUAUAGAUGCUGACAUGGAAAGAGGGUUAACGUUACCUUUUUUUAACAAAACGUAUUUCUGAAAAUUAGACCUGUUGUGUUUUGGCAUGUCAACAUCAGUAACUGAACUGAGAACUAGUGCAUUAUAAAGUUGUGUUGCUGGAUGUUUGAUAGUUCACGACAUAAAACCAGCCACUGUCAUUCUGACUGUCCCCAUGUUUGUGGAUGCAUGCUUCAGAUACCCUUCGCAUGAAUUUUAUGACGGAGUGAAGAGAGAAAAUGAUGACCAAACACAUCAGUAGACAAACCUCUUGUCAAAUAAAAUCAUUAGAAAAAUCAUUCCCUACAAAAUGCCAGCAAAACACAGUGUAUGCAGUGUACGCGAGCUUGAUGACCAGAGUUCAGUCUGCGAGCUUCAGUUAGAAAAACGAGCGAUGUGCCAAGCAUCGUCAUUUCCACAAACCUGCAAACCCAGGAUUCAGGACGAGGACCAAAACUCACAGGGACCUCAGCUUCAAGAUCGCUUUGGCGCGCUACCGUUCGUGAUAUUUUGGUGGUGGGCUUGUUUGUUUGUUUUUUUUAAUUUUUAGAAGUGUGCAUAGUUUGUUGCAUUUUACUUUGCUUAUUGACUGUUAGUGCAUUGUUGUAAUUAUACAAUUACACCAUGGGGUGUUUCUCGAGAAGGAGGGUAAGAACCGUUGUUAAGGAUCGUGUGUUUACCUUGUUGGGUGGCUUUCUGGACGUUUUUUUGUUGUGGGUAUGGAAGCAGGGUACAUGUAGGGUGGGGGAGUAUACCUCUUCACUGAUGGUUGAGCCUGACAUCACUGGGUCGCUUGUGUUACCGUGGAAACAGGAGUGGAGGGCACUCAGUGCAGUUGUUAGAGUCUGGCCUCAGUUGAACAGCACUUGUCUGAGCCAGAGAGUUGCUAUCUCUUGACCCAUCUCUGUCCAAACUUUAAAACCGUUUUGUAGAAACAAAUAAAUAUUCAAAUGAAACUGCUCUUAAGCCGUUCACAAGUGUUGUAUAAAAACUGUUUUAACUUUAAAAAUCAAAAUUUGUUGUACAGCUGAACCCUGGAUGUACCAAAAGCCGUUAUGACUUUAAUCUGAUUUCAGUUUUCAGCUUUGUUUGGUUAAAAAAGAGACCGGAACAGGAUGAUUUUAAGAGGCACAGAUACAUGUUUUCCCCGAAAAUAAGCCUUGGAACGAGUUUUCAGGAUGCUCGUGAUAUAAGCCCUACAACUAUAUCAGUGCAAGUCGUAGUCAGGAUCAUCAGCCAGACGGGUGGAUCUCAUUCAUCCAUGUGAACACACGACAGACAUUGAAUUAUAAAGUCAUGAUAUUAAUAUAUAAAUAAAUAAUGCUACGAGUUAUGAAGAUGUUGCAAGAAAGAUAUGACCGUAUAAGAAUAAAUGCAGACUUUUGUACUUUAAAAAAAUAGAACAUCCCUGAAAAUAACCUCUAAUACCUCUUUUCGAGUAAAAACUAAUAUAAGACCUGGUCUUAUUUUCGUUAGAUGGUUUCAGGGGUGUCUGGUAGUGUAGGGAUUAAAACACUCGCUUGCAUCACUGCCAGAGAAACUCAGGGUUCAGAUCUCGUCUGUGGACUCUGUAUGUGACACCUGUCUGCAAGGGUUUCCUCCUCACGGUGGAAGCACUUUCCUGCUAAAUAAACCAACCAGCCGAUAGAGGGUUUCGCGGUAGGGGGAGUUGUUCAGUAGUCCAGGCUCUUGUGUCAGUCUGUGUGACGAAGGAAGUCGUGUCAGAGACCAUGUAUAUGCUAGUAAUGUCAUUUCACAACACCACACAUCUGGACGACAGGGUUGGUUGGCCAUCUUGCCAAACGGUCCAACGGCCGCCAUGGCGGUGAGUUUAGGACAGGAACCAGACACUGGAGUUCUAGGUGACCGAGUGUUCUAGGAAAGGAACUGCUUCACAUAAAAGCGGAUUUAAUUCUCUGUAGAAUUAUGUCCAUUGGAAUUAAUCCUUUUCCUAUUUUGGCAAAAACAUUUAGUGAACUAAAGCCGUGGCGAGCAUGCUGCCAGAUAAGCAGAACAUACAGCGACCAUUACUUUGCUACCAGCAUGUGAAGUGAAUUUGUAACUAUUUAGUUUACAAGCAUGAGAACAGACUAAUCGUAUCCCACUAAAAAAUUACUUCUUAAAAAUUGUUUUUGAGUUGAUGUGGAAGAUAUUUUACCUGCCUUUUCAACAUCUUUUUUUUUGUGGUUAAUAAAGCAUGGCUGUAUCGUGAUUUUAGGACAGGGCAACGAACUUUUAAAGCAAUUUAAUUUUGUGUCAGGUUAUUUGAUUUUCGUUUUGUUAUUAUUGUUGUUGUUGCCAACUUUGGCAAAAAUGGCAGAUGUUAUGCAAUUCGUACUGCGUACGAAACUGACUUUUAAUUCCUAACUUCGUUUAGACUUAUCAGUGAAUAUGCAGUUGUCCAACGGUAGGGUAACCGUAACACUAACUGUAAAAAUGACAGGGAAAAUACACUGCAAAAAACAAAAACAAACAAACAAAAAAUUUCCUUGAUUGUCAACAACAUUUGAAAUGUUGGUAGCUAUCUUGCUAUGAAACUACUUCUAAGUAUUCAUGAAUUCAAUAAAAUUGUCUGGACACUGACAUUUGUAGAAUUAACAUCUCUGAAGCGAAAACCUAUUCUGAUGCCGGCGAAGCAUCAUGGUUCGCCGAAACUAGAGGCUUCCGUCGUCUGCUGCCCCUGAAACAGUUGCGGCUGGAUGCAGCUGUACUAACAAAGCUUCGACAACAGUUGAUGUCACAGUAAACAGACUAUAUAGUGAUUAACCAUCGAGAAAUAAAGAACGGAAGUGGUCAGACCCGUAAUUUGAGGUGAAGGUUACGUGGAUGCAUAAUUCUCCGAAAUCGUCCAUAGCGUUGGACCUUUGACCUUUUCGCCUGCGCAUGUUUAAUGACCUGAUGCUCGCGCUGCGUAAAGAGUGGGAUUGUCGAGAACUUUCUUAGUGUGGCUGUGCCUUUCUAAGGAAACCAGUGCAGACACCUCAGUAGCGUGUCGAUGGACACUGGGUGCCUGUCAUGCAGGCGGUUUUUGUUUUUGUUUUUUGUGUCCAUUGCAGUUUGGUUCAGUGCAACCAUUGCAGCGGCGUGCGACAUCUCGCGUAGUGUGAUGUAACCUUUAGGCCCAGGGUGGUGGUGCUUGUGUCGGCGCAAGAUCCCGCUGUAAAAUUACCGGGUAUAUCACGUGACAGCAGUGAAAUGCUAAUGGCAAGUGUCCGCUCACCCGCCACUGCUGUCCUCACUCCUGCCACCCUGCUCUCUCUAUCUUCUCCCUCACUCCAUCGUUGGCAUUACACCUGGGCAUUGUUCCCACGACUACUUCAUCCUUUAUGUCCUGUCCUCAUUAGCAUAAACCUGGACGAAAGACUAAGGAGACUGAUAGGUUAUGUUUACAGGGAAAGCUCUGCACUGAUGAUGAUGAUGAUGAUGAUGAUGAUGAUGAUGAUGAUGAUGAUGAUGAUCUCUUAUUAUGCUAACAACUAGAAUUGCACACGAUGCUGUACUCUGGUGGGUGAGAACAUUGUAUUCAACUGCUGAUUCUUUUAAUAGUAUUUCUCAGCCGCCGCCACACUCCAGGAGGAUGUUUCUGUAUAUUUGUUUCUGGUUGAACAACAAUUAUUUUCGCUCCUUCUUCGGAGACUUUUUUUUAAA